AUGACUUCGUUUUCCCCACCCCACCCUUUGUAUAUUAUUCUUUUGAAGAUUCUUCGUUGUCAAGCCGCCAAAGUGGAGAGUGUGAUUGCAGAAGGGGGUGCUUCUCGUUUCAGUGCUUCUUCGGGCGGAGGAGGAGGUAGGGGUGCACCUCAGCACUAUCCCAAGACUGUCGGCAACAGCGAGUACCUGGGGAAAACCCCAGGGCCUAGCGUUCAGAGAUGGGUUCCUUCACGAAGCACUAGACGAGAUGUCAACUCCUCCAACGAAAAAGAACGACACGAUGCAAUCUUUAGGAAAGUAAGAGGCAUACUUAAUAAGCUGACCCCUGAAAAGUUUGACAAGCUAUGCCUUGAGCUCCUGAAUGUGGGCGUAGAUUCUAAACUCGUCCUAAAAGGAAUCAUCUUGCUGAUUGUAGACAAAGCCCUCGAAGAGCCCAAGUAUAGCUCGCUAUAUGCUCAGCUAUGUCUGCGCUUGGCAGAAGAUGCACCAAACUUUGACGGCCCUUCACAAGAGAUCCAAACAUCACAAAAGCAGAGCACGACAUUCAGGAGACUUCUGAUUUCUAAGCUUCAGGAUGAAUUUGAGAACCGUACCAGAAAUGUUGAAAUCUAUGACAAACAUGACAACCCUCUUACUUCUGAGGAAGAGGAGCAGCGUGCCAUUGCCAAGAUCAAGAUGCUGGGAAACAUCAAAUUCAUUGGGGAACUUGGCAAACUCGACCUUAUCCAUGAAUCUAUCCUUCAUAAGUGCAUCAAAACACUUCUGGAAAAGAAGAAGAGAGUCCAACUUAAGGAUAUGGGAGAGGAUUUGGAGUGCCUCUGUCAGAUAAUGAGAACAGUGGGGCCUAGACUAGAUCAUGAAAAAGCCAAGUCGUUAAUGGAUCAGUACUUUGGCCGUAUGCGAUCCUUAAUGAACAACAAGGAAUUGCCAGCAAGGAUUCGUUUCCUGCUGCAGGAUACUGUGGAGUUGCGAGAAAACAGCUGGGUUCCUCGCAAAGCUUUCAUCGAUAAUGGACCAAAGACGAUUAACCAGAUUCGUCAGGAGGCAGUAAAGGAUUUGGGUGUUUUUAUUCCACAAAUGGCCCAAGGAAUGAGGACUGACUUCUUUCUGGAAGGCCCCUUCAUGCCAGCCAGGAUGAAACUGGACAGGGAGACACUCGGGGGAUUGGCUGAUAUGUUUGGGCAGAUGCCAGGUAGUGGGAUCGGCACUGGUCCAGGAGUCAUUCAGGACAGAUUCUCACCCACUAUGGGGCGUCACCGCACAAACCCGCUCUUCAACGGCCACGGUGGACACAUGGUUCCUGUUCCCCAGUCUCAGUUCGACAUGGGAGGCAAGACUUUCAAGUCAAACCAGGGGCAGAAUCAGCAUUUCCACAACCAGAACCAGAGCCAUUCAUCCCAGCAGCAAGCCCCAUCCAAGGACAUGCCGCCACGGUUCAAGAAAGGCCAGCUCAAUGCAGAUGAGAUCAGUCUGAGACCUGCCCAGUCAUUCCUCCUGAACAAAAACCAAGUGCCAAAGCUGCAGCCUCAGAUACCAACCAUGAUUCCUCCGAGCGCGCAACCUCCUCGCACGCAGACGCCCCCGCUUGGACAGCCCCCGCAACUUGGUCUUAAAACCAAUCCACCUCCGAUCCAGGAAAAGCCUCAAAAGACCGGCAAAAAACCACCACCUGCUAAGGAAGAACUGCUGAAGAUGACUGAGAAUAUAGUGACAGAGUACCUGAACAGCAAGAACAUCAAUGACGCGGUUAACGGUGUGAGGGAGAUGAAAGCUCCCAAGCACUUCCUGCCUGAGAUGUUGAGCAAGAUCGUGGUGUGUUCCCUGGACCGCUCGGACGAGGACAAGGAGCACGCCAGCACCCUGAUCCACACGCUGCGCACCGAGGGUCUCAUCACUGGGGAGAGCUUCAUGCAGGCUUUUCUGAACGUUCUGGACCAGUGUCCCAAGAUCGAGGUGGACAUCCCUCUGGUGAAGUCCUACCUGGCCCAGUUUGCGGCACGCGCGAUCAUCGCCGAGCUCAUCAGUGUGGCGGAGUUGGCCCAUCCCCUGGAAAAUGGCACCCAUUUUCCCCUCUUCCUGCUCUGCCUCCAGCAGACAGCCAAGCUGAAGGAUCGUGAGUGGUUGACCGAUCUUUUCCAGCAAAGCAAGGUCAACAUGCAGAAAAUGCUGCCUGAGAUCGACCAGAAUAGGGACCGCAUGUUGGAGAUCCUGGAAGGCAAAGGGCUGAGUUUCCUGUUUCCGCUUUUGAAGCUGGAGAAGGAGCUGCUGAAGCAAAUCAAAGCAGACCCCUCCCCACAAGCCAUCUACAAGUGGAUCAAAGACAACAUUUCGCCCAAGCUCCACACUGACAAGGGCUUUGUCAACAUCCUGAUGACCAGCUUCUUGCAGUACAUUUCCCACGAGAUGUGCAUCGCUGAAGGGGACGAACAACUGUCCGCUCCCACGAAAGAUCAGCUGGACCAGGAGAAACAGCUGCUGCUAGCCUUCAAACCCGUGAUGCAGAAGUUCCUGCAUGACCACGUGGAUCUGCAGGUCAGCGCCCUGUAUGCUCUGCAGGUGCACUGCAACGCCAGCGGUUUCCCCAAAGGCAUGUUGCUGCGCUACUUUGUCAACUUUUACGAUAUGGAGAUCAUUGAAGAAGAAGCCUUCCUUGCAUGGAAAGAAGAUAUUACCCAAGAAUUCCCUGGAAAGGGAAAAGCAUUAUUCCAGGUGAACCAGUGGCUGACCUGGCUGGAAACAGCUGAGGAGGAGGAGUCUGAGGAUGAAGCUGACUGAGGAACCAGCCAAAGCCUUAUAGAGCAGAAACUAUUGAUAUGAUAUUGCUUUUUUCCCCCUUUUGCCUCUUCCUAACCCCUUCCCUAUCUUGUAACACGCAUACCUACCCACUGCGAAAAUUCAUUCCGCUGUAAAGUUUUCGCAAUGUAAACCCCAAGCAUGUGCUCCCCUGCUUUAUUUUGUUCUCUUGUUUUUGUUUUGCUUUGUUGGCAUAAGGUCUUAAGCGCAUUAUGGCAUACCAUCCGUUUUUGAGCCUUCCUUUUGAGAUCAGCGUUUAAUAGAAGCAUGAGAUUGACAUCCUACGAUUUGCCCGACCGCGGCGGAUUGCGCGCUAGCCCUGCAGCCACGUUCUGAGUCUGGUUUUUGAGUUAACCGCAUAGCAACACUGUAGACAUGCACUUUGCUCGGUGUAACACUCGAGUCGUUGCAAUAUUCAUUCAUCCCUCGAUUGUCUCAAAGUAUCCUAAACUGUAAUCAUCGGUUGCCGUAACAUUUUAAUAGUUAUUGCCUGUGUUUCUACCUCUUAGUAAUGGGCUUUGUUAUGUGCUGGGUAUGGAAUAUCCUCAAGUCCUAUUUCAAAUGAAAAGACAUAGAAAAGCCUGGGCAAGUGCACAAGUCUUCUGUAAAAUAAAAAAAACCUGGUUUACUUGCACAAUAGAACCUGAUUGUGAGGUUUCAGAUCAUGCCCUUUUUAAGUGCUUUUUCUGGAAAUACGGAACGAUUCAGAGGGAAAAGAGCUGAUGCCGCCUCCAGUUUAUCGACUUGUGUUCACAUGCCCAUUUCCCCCUGCAUUCUGUAUCUGUCAAACACUUGUGAUACUUGAAUUUUUUUUUUCCUUACAGCAUUUUUCAGGGACUAUUACAAACUCAGCCUGUUCGGAUGCAACAACUUUAGAUCCAAUCAUAUAAAGUGUAACAAAGUGAAUUUUUAAUCUGUCUUUUAAUUGGUGAAUAAAGUAACUUUAACAACA